AUGGCUGUACCCUUCAGCAUCGGCAAGAUCCUCGACUCAGCGACACGAGUGGACGGCACAGUCUUUGGAAUGCAGCUGGAACAUUUCUGUGUGGCCUUUUUGGCCAUUCUGGCUGGGGGUGCGUGCGCCAGUUGCGGACAGAUGGCCCUUCUCAAGAUCAUUGGCGAGCGUAUCAUCACCAAGCUCCGGAGCUCCCUGUACAAGCACACGUACGUGCAGAGUGCAGAGUUCUUCGAUACUCACCGGGUCGGAGAUCUGCUCAGCAGACUCGGCAACGACACCACCAUGGUCGGAAGAUCGAUCACGGACAACCUAUCCGACGGUCUGCGUUCACUCGCGUUUGCUACCACAGGGAUGGGGAUGAUGACCUACAUCAGCUACAAGCUCGUCGGUGUCCUGGCUCUCGCCUUCCCACCACUGGCAGCAGGGGCAUUUCUCUACGGCCGUGCAGUCCGGGACUUGUCGCGUCGCAUCCAAACAAACUUGGGCACGUUGACCAGAAUAGCCGAAGAGCGGUUAGGAAAUGUACGAACGAGCCAGACGUUCACGGGUGAGCGCCAAGAGGUCCGCCGAUACAAUCAUCAAACGCGCGAGAUCUUUAACCUGGCGAAACGGGAGGCGGUCAUCUCGGCGGCCUUCUUCUCCACCUCGAGCUUCCUCGGGAAUGCCACGUUCCUCGCAUUACUUUACGUAGGGAACAGCAUGGUCAGGUCUGGUUCCAUCACCGUUGGAGAUCUCACGACCUUUGUCAUGUAUACGGGCGUCGCUGGGGGUAGCCUUUUUGGACUAUCAGCCGCAUACUCGGACCUGAUGAAGGGCAUGGGAGCAGCCAGCAGGCUAUUCGAGCUACAAGACCAUCACCCGACCAUCAGCCCGACGAAGGGGAUGGCGGUGGAAUCAGCACGUGGAACAAUCCAAUUCCACGACGUUGGCUUCGCAUACCCGACUCGACCAUCGACCCCGGCCUUCGAUGGGUUAUCUCUGAAGAUCGGGCCAGGAAGUAACGUGGCUAUAGUCGCUCCUUCAGGAGCUGGCAAGUCAACGGUGGCGAGCUUGCUCAUGCGAUUCUACGCGCUCGGUCGCGGAGCCAUCACGAUCAACGGCCACGACAUCAGCAAGAUGAAUGCCAGGCAAUGGCGCAGAAGAAUCGGUCUGGUCGGGCAAGAGCCAGUCUUGUUUUCGGGCUCGAUCGCCGAGAAUGUUGCGUAUGGAAAGACUGAGGCCACGAAGAGCAAGAUUUGGGAAGCGUUGCGUCUGGCGAAUUGUCACUUUGUCCACGACUUUCCUAAUGGUGUAGACACGCUGGUGGGCGCACGUGGGGCGCAGCUGUCCGGUGGCCAGAAGCAACGCAUUGCCAUUGCUCGCGCUCUGCUCAAAGACCCUGACAUCUUGAUUCUGGACGAAGCCACUUCCGCGCUGGACGUCGAAUCCGAGAAGCUCGUCAACCAAGCGUUGGAGCCACUUCGCCGAGGACAAAGUACCAUCAUCACCAUCACUCAUCGUCUCUCCACCAUUCCACGCAGCGACACAAUCAUAUGUCUUGGUGCCGACGGCAGAGUCGCACAGACGGGCACAUACCAUCAACUAAUGGCUGACAAGGAAGGCGUUUUUGCAAAACUGGUGAAGCAGCAGAUGAGUGAAAGGUAG